GCGGCGGGAAGGGCGGACUCCGCCCCGGGCCGCGCCGGGUACCGUAUUUCCGCACCGCUCCCGCCGCUUCCCGGCGGCCUCUGCGGCGGCGGUUGCUAGGAGCGGGUUUGAACGGCGGCCCGCUGUAAUUGUAAGCAGAGAACAAAUAACUGGAUUUUCAGCAUCGAGCGGAUGUGAUGGGACCAAGCAAGCCAGCGAUGUCUGAUGCUGCAUUUGCAUUUACUACCCAGCUAUACAGGAACGAAGCAAAGGCUUUUGUAAAGCCACAGCUCCAGUUUAAUAGAAGUGUUCCUGCAGUUCCAGAGAACUUGGCUCUCAGAUUCUCUAACCCCCGUCCAAUUAUAAUAGAAAAACUGAAGGCAUCCAAUGAUCAGAGAAAUCCACCUGGAAGUGGGGACCCCAGCAUACGAAGUUCUGGCAUGUUUUCAGUAAUAUCUGAAGAGAGACUAAAAUUGGCUAUUUGGCUAGCCAAAAGGGACAUAAAGCGAAGACAUCUCGAAGAGCAAGUGAAACAGCAAGUGUUCGGAGGUGCUGUCAAUAAACCAUUGUUGGCCCAGAAGUCACAACAGCAGAAGACUGAAGUAUUUGAAAAUAAAAAUGCACUGAGGUCUCAAACUCGCUUGAAAUGUCAGCAGAAACUCGGUCAGCCUUCCAAAGUGGAGACCACCACCUCUGGCGCUAAGGUUUAUCUCUACACACCAAAUGAGGGAAAGCUCUUACCAGCUGGUUUGGACUCUCCACCUCCACCCACCCACAACACAGGACCGGACCCCAAGCCAAAUGUAAACAAAAAAGAAGAUAAAAAUGUGCAGGAAGUCCGACGUCUGCAAAAGGAAUUGAGAAGCUAUGUCCAGAAGAUUGAAGAACUGACUAAAAAAGGGAGAGAUAGAGAAAUUUUAGACCCUGAUAAAGAGCAACAAGUUUGCAUUAGAAGACAGAAACAAGCUGCACGGUCAGCUCGGAUGCUGUAUGUACUCCAGCAACAGGUAAAAGAAAUUCAAGAUGAUUUAGAGAAACUGAGUCCUCACAAAAUCAAGCAUACUAAAAAGUCUCGAGCAGUAUCCAGGUUGGCAGCAGCACACAGAGGAGCUGUACGAGCCUUGCAGGCAUUUGCCAACCAGUUUACAGAUCAAACAGAGCAGCAGAUUCCUACCCACUACAAGGAACUGGGCAGUCUCAUUCGACAACUGUCUCUCUGUUCUGCCAAACUAGAAGUGGAUUCUUCCAUUUCUGACAUUAUCAUAGAUAUUUUGCUGCAAGUUGAGGAUCUGGAUUCACUGCUGGAAAAGAAACAAACACCCAAAAAAGUGAAGAAAUGUAUUUCAGCAUCUCAGGGCAAAUCUCCAAGGAACACUGAGACAUUUCCAGCCAGAAAGCAGCUCACAUCUCCAAAAGGAGAAAAUAAACCUCUCAUCUUAAAGGGACAGCAUGGACAAGAACAUAAAAAGCCUCCUGCUGCCAGGAGUCUCUUGACUGCCAUUCAGAAGGCAAACAGUUGUGCUCACAUAUUGCACAAUGAAUUCCAAGAAGAAAAUGAGCCACCUACUCCAGAGAGAAAUGCCACUUUACAAGGAAGCACAGAUGCACUGGUGAGUGCUAGAGCUGUAAAAAAAGAUCCCAUCGUUGAAAGUGGCCCCUUUAAGAAGAAAGGCGUGUUAUUACCUGCAAAAUCACAGGGAAUACUGAAAUCUCUAAAAUCAAGACAGAUACAGCCUCGAGGAAAGCCUGCCCGAUUUCAAGAGACAACUAUAGCUUUCCAGCUAAAACAGAACAAGCGACUUGUUAAGGAGAGCAGAAAAACCCGUGCGCCUCCAGCCCCGGCAUCUCCACCUGUUUCACCUGAGCGGCUAGCAAGGCUUGAAGCUGAAACUUCAAGAAGAGUGAAGGAGCUACCUGACCUCAACAGAGGAGAAAUGAAAAAAUUACAAAAGUUAAGGUCACAAAGUGCUUCUCCAACCCAGUAUGCAGACAAAGUUGAGAAGGCAGUACAGGAGGGCUUGGAACCUGUCCUAGAUAGGGCACAGCAGGUUGCAGCAAAUGCAGAUACUCUGAGUGAAAAGCUAUUGGAUGAUCUUUUGGAAGAUACCGCUCAGGAACUGUGGAGCAUGAAGCAGUGUGAGAGAUUGCAAACCCAGGCUCUGCCUAUGGCUGACACUUAUAGUCUGGAGUCAAUGCUGCAAAGAAUGGAAGAAAUUGAAAGGUACCAGGAGGCUGUACGCAGGAGAUUCACCCAGAUUGUGUACAGUGAUUCGGAGUUCUGGGCCCAGGAAGGCAAAACGGAACAACAAAUUGCAUCAAUAGCAAAAAGACCUACGUCUCCUCAUCCAAUUCAGAUAACCAAAUUCAUGGGACGUGCAGAGCCAGAAAUGGACAUUUUAUAUGAAAAACUUCUUGAUGGCAAUGAUAUUGAUGAAAACAAAGAAGCAGAGGAGAAACUGCAGACUGGAAGUGACGUUCUGCAGCCCUUGACUCAGAAUUCUCUACAUCGAGAGUGCUGUGUCUAUCUCUCUGUGCCAAAGCAUAUGCUCCAGAGCAUCUUGGAUUAUAACAGCAGAUACUUGCAUCACUUAAAGCUUAUUUCCCAUGAGGCGGUAGGCAAUUUCAAUCCAUGGCAGAUUGCUGAGAGUCUGGCAGAGCAACUAACAGAAGAAGCCCUGAGUGAUGUGGCAGCAGAGCUGCAGGAUGUUUGUGAGGAUUAUGCAGAAGCUGUGUUCACGUCAGAGUUUUUGCAGCCAGUGCAGUAAAUGCUUUCAAAUCCGCCCUGUUAUCAAAUGCAACGUCAGCCUCAGUCUAACGGUCUUGUCAGAUGAUCUAAUUUUUCAUGUUUUUUAAAAAGUCUGUGAGAUUCUGUUCAGCAAAUGAAUUAAGUCCAUCAAGGAUUCAUCUUAGGUUUUUAUAAAACCAUUAUCACAAUGUUUUCCUUUUCAGACUUUAUUAUACUGCAUUUAUCAGGACUUUUAUCCAGCCAUUCAAUAGAAUGAAGUAAACCGUUACAGGUAAAGUUUAUAUAACUUGAUAGGAAUACUGAUCCAUUGGUAUACCUGUGUUACUUCACUCAUUUUUAUAUGUGAUCUUCUUACUAGAAUAAAAUACUGUGAGGAGGACUGGGUUCAAGCAGUGUCACGGACUUAGCUGUACUGUGCCUCAGUUUUCUGCUUUAAAAUGGGGAGAAUCCGAUGACUGACCUCGUAAGGGAGCUAUGGGGUUUAGUUUAUUCUUCUCAGUAAAAUGCAUUGAAUGUAUCUGAUAGUUGUGUUGGAAGAAUGAAGCAUUACUUAUAUUUCUAAAGCCAAGAUGGAACAGUCCAGAGUAAAAGCUGUUUGGUUUUGCUGUUUAGGGUUUUCAGUAUCGUGUAAGAAAGACGUUGUCUGACCACCGUGCUUAGCAAAUAUGCUAGGAUUAGUUCUUUUGGGGAUAUGGCUAUCCAAAGGAAGGUUCUCACGGCACAGCAUUAAGUUGAUGUAAAUGGCUGUAGCCACUUAGUGGCUCUACUCGUAGCUUGGACUCUUGCAAUCGACUUCUGAAUGUAGUACCUCUUCUCUUGGCUCCUGAACGUCCCUAGUACAUUACGCACAGACAAAUGCGACCUUUCAAUAGAAGCAUAUGAUGGCGAUUUUCUCCCUUUUUUUCUUAAACUAGUCUAAAAGAUAAUUUUAUCAGCAUUUAGUGAUCCAACCCCAUAUUCCUCAUUCUUAAGAAUCCCAUUGACAUCAAGAAUAAGGAAAUAAAUGAAGAAUUGGCAUUUCUGCAAUACUGAAUUAACUUGUUCAUUUCAAGUAAUCAAUGUACUGUUUUGGGUUAUGUCUGGAGCAAGCAGUAAGUAAUAAUUAUUUAUUCUAGGGAAAUGCAAAUUUAACCCUUGAGGUAACCCGAAAAACAAUAUGACAGUCUGUUUCCUUUGACUCAUUUAUUUUCUCCAAUAGCGUUCAACCUAUAACAGAAUCAUUUUUAACCUUCUAAGAUUAUUUGUAUUUCCUCUAAUUAGAACACACAUUAUUUUAAAAAUAAUUUUGUUUUUAUUGAAGCCUGGUUUACUGUUUUGUUUUGUAAUUUACACCAAAUGCAAUGAUGUAAAUGUUACUGCUGAUGUGUGACUUUGCUGAUGUGUGAUUUCUGUAAUUUAAAACACUAUCUUUUUUUUUUAUUUCUGACGUUAUAGAGAAGUCCAAAAGAUUAAAGCCAUAGUGUCUCUAUGUAUGUGUAUAUAUGCUUGUGAAAGUAUUUUCAAGAUGUUUUGUUUUUUAAUAAACAACAC